AUGGUUUUUCUCUCUCGUGUCGAACAGGACGACGAGGUCUUCGACCUAUCUACCCAGAAGAUUGGUUCCAUCGAGAGUGGGUCUGAUAAAAAUGACUAUACUAAUGUUUACGGUAGCCAUUUCGCCACUGAUCAUCUUCCCUUACAUGAGAUGCCAGAGCGUGAGAUGCCGCGCGAGAUCGCUUCUCGCAUGGUCACGGAGGAACUAAGCCUCGAUGCCAACCCCAGACUCAACCUAGCUAGUUUUGUCACGACUUACAUGGGAUAUCCCCACACCGCCGAGAUUCACAACCGUUGUGUCAACAUGAUCGGGCGCCCAUUCAAUUGCCCGACUGAUGCCAAAGGCGAGAACGCCAUGGGCACGUCGACGGUUGGAUCCUCCGAAGCCAUUAUGCUGGGUACGCUCGCCAUGAAGAAGCGCUGGCAGAACAGGCGCAAGGCCGAGAACAAGGAUUUCUCCCAUCCCAACAUCAUUAUGAACAGCGCCGUCCAGGUUUGUUGGGAGAAGGCUGCCCGGUAUUUCGAUGUUGAAGAGAAAUAUGUCUACUGCUCUGAAAGUCGCUACGUGAUCGACCCUAAGCAGGCGGUCGAUCUAGUGGAUGAGAACACGAUCGGCAUCUGCGCCAUCAUCGGCACCACCUACACCGGCGAGUACGAGGACGUCAAGGCUAUUAACGACCUGCUGAUCCAAAAUGGUAUUGAUUGCCCUAUCCACGUUGACGCAGCCAGUGGCGGCUUUGUCGCCCCGUUCACCUGGCCGGAUCUAGAAUGGGACUUCCGCCUUGAGAAGGUAGUUUCUAUUAACGUCUCUGGCCACAAGUAUGGCCUAGUAUACCCUGGUGUUGGUUGGGUCAUCUGGCGCUCCCCUCAGUACCUUCCCCAAGAAUUGCUAUUUAACGUCAACUACCCAGGCGUCGAUCAAGCUAGUUUCACCCUUAACUUUUCUAAAGGUGCCUCUCAGGUCAUCGGCCAGUACUAUCAGUUGAUCCGGCUGGGUAAACACGGCUACCGGUCAAUUAUGAUUAAUCUCACUCGCAUUGCCGAUUAUAUGGCGGGUGAGCUGCGGAAGAUGGGUAUGAUUCUCAUCAACCAGACUAAGGGCCGUGGCUUACCACUGGUGGCAUUUCGUCUGCCCCCAAAACCCGACCGCUUGUACGACGAGUUCUCUCUAGCACACAAAUUGCGAGAGUACGGUUGGGUCGUUCCUGCGUACACUAUGGCACCCCACAGCAAUGAAAUGCAACUAAUGCGCGCCGUCAUUCGCGAGGACUUCAGUAUGAACCUCUGUGACAGCUUGCUGCAGGAUAUCAAAAUGGCCCUACUGAUUCUGGAAGGCAUGGAUCAGGCUAUGAUAACCAAUUACAAAGCGAAUAUACGGAGCCAGCGCGCCCACGCACAGCACCAGGAGCGAACUCUUCCUUUCUACCAAAAAGAGAGACACUCGCUGCAGGGCAAGAGCGGCAAGACAUACGGGUUCGUUACGAAUUAUUUCAAGUGGGCACGUUAA